AUGGCGCCCUCGAGUUCGCGCUCGAGGUCCACCCGCCCUAUGCGGUCCAGCCGCACGAAGGUGCAGACCUACCACGAGGAAAGUUCCUCUCAAGAUGAAUCAAGAGGGUUGCCUGGCUCGAGACGUGCCUCGUUAUCUCUUCGCUCGCGCAGUACAACUCGAAUGCCAAAAUCCUAUCGUGAAGAUUCGACGGAUGCUAGCUUUGAUGGAGCCGUGGAAGACCAAGAGUCGGAAGAAUUGGUAGCUGCGCCGGUCGACGCACCAAACCCGCAUGCCGAAUCUGCGCUUACCCGCCCUUCCAAACCCAAACGUGCUCGGCGCGCUGCAACCACCCCGAAGCCAAAGCAGACUAAACGAUCGAAACCCAGCAGUCAAGUUGGGAGAGCUUUACACAAACGUGCCAAGACAGAUGGGGAUGAACCGAUCUUCCUGGGAUCCGGUGUCAUUCCUCCUUGGCAGACUCUGCCCUACCAAAUCCUUCUCGACAUUUUCUUGCGCGCGUCGCAUCCAUUACUCGACGAAAGCCGCUCGGCCCGCAAUGACUCUGUCAAGUGGCUAGUCAAUGUCGCCCUGCUGUGUCGAAGCUUUCACGAGCCUGCGCUGGCCGCACUAUAUCACUGCCCCCCUCUUCUUCCUGCCUACAAGAGCCAUGUGCUCCUCUCUCUGCUGGCACGCCCGCAAGGGUCCCUCUCGAUGAACUACUCUAGCAAGAUCAAGCAACUUCAUGUUGAGGUUGAACCAGUGCUCAUUUAUAAAAGUGGACCCUACGGAUACUUCGACCUUGCUGAGUUGAUUCAAAAGACGCCUCGUUUGCACACGAUACGACUGUAUCACAAAGAUGAUUACACGGUGGGAAUACCUCCAUGGCACAUUGUCCAAUCAAAGUGGACUUAUCCAGACGCUCUCUUUUCCGCCAUCGAGACCUGUGGUAUUACGCUCCGUAGCUGGGACUGGAACAGCCGCUUUUUAGAAACCGAUGAGCUUGUCAAAAUGAUGGUGAAAAUGCACUCGCAGCGCGCCUUUCAGGGUCUCAGAGAGCUGAAGUUGCUCCACUUUCAUAACUCCGACGAAGAAACGUCCGCUGCCAAAGAGGCUGGCCUCCUUGAAGCUCUUGAUAUGCUUCCAGAGCUUCAGCAACUGGAUAUUAUUGAAAGCUCAUUGGUCAGCGGGGAAAUUCUGACCAAUCUACCAAAUACCCUCCGUUCGCUCACUCUGAACAACUGUGAUCGAUUGUGGUCAUCAGAUCUCACAGCCUAUAUGUCCUUACAUGGCACCAAUCUCCGAGAGCUCAGUUUAAGCCACAAUCGCCAUCUCAACAUGUCUUUCAUCCAAACUUUAGCUCAGUGCUGUGAGAAUCUCGAAGUUUUCAAAAUGGACCUUUCUAUGCAUGAUGCGUCCAGUUACCACGAUGUCGAGCCGCACUUUGAAGACCUACUUAUCCAAACCGAAGUUCCCACAUGGCCAGUGAAGCUCCAGGAAAUCGAGCUCACACAGUUACGCAAAUGGGAUGACGCUACCGCGGAGGUCUUUUUCACUUCGCUGGUGAAUGCGGCACCCCAACUUCGUGAUCUACGUCGAUUGGUCAUCAGUGCAAUCCUGAAGAUUGGCUGGCGUGACCGUGCCACAUUUCGUGAGCGAUGGAUCGGCCUGCUCGAAAAGGUUUUCCUGCGACGAAGCAUGCCACCAGACCCCAACCUCCGCUCCCUUCACAAGCGCUUGCUCAAACCCACCACUUUCAUGACAAGGAAUGGCCCCGAUGAACUCGGUGCUGGAGUUGAUGAUCCACGACCAUCCACGGCUGAUAUUGGAACAUCGACUUCCUCCAAACGCCAAAGCACUCGGCUGGCACAUCAAAAAUUCAAUGAAACUGACGAUGCUGCUAGUGGGUCUUCGUUAGUGGGGACUCCGCAGCCUGAGGCUGGGAAGAUACAGGGAAUGUGCGAUAUUGUGAACAUUCGGAUCGACAACCAGCGACCGACUGAGUUGCAAUUCAACGAAAAUGAUUUUCUUGACGAUGAACUCAGUGGUGACGAGGACUGGGCUGGCGAUGACUUCUAG